GCAAACUGGCUUGUUUUGACAAAUCAUUUUCGAGUCUUGUCUGUAUUCUUCAUGUGACAAAUUAUGAAAUGAUGUUAGAUAAGGAAGUUUCUUAUGCUUUCUCUGAGCUGUUUUAUCAUUUCCAGGCCUAUUAAUAGUUGGAUAUGAAGUGCGCUCAGUUUUAUUUUAGUGCUCUGACCUGUAAUGAAUGUGUAGUAGUCUGUGUCAGGUUCAAAUCUCUGCUAUACAAUAAUGAUAACGUGUUCUUAAAAAAAAAAGAGCGCUGUUGUCAUGACGACUGUGCAACCCUGAGCCGCUAAACGAAACGUGUUACGAAUAACGUUUUCAGGAAGUUAUGCUGUCUGUCACAGCUCAGAGUGAAACACAGGCCGGCAUGGCGGAGGUGUAGACUCACAGCACCGGCGUUACAGACACAGCCGAGGCUUCAGGAUCACACAAACACGGGAUCACAGGAAAAAAGGAUAUAGUGAAGAACAGAAAAAUGCCUCGGUCUUUCUUGGUGAAGAGCAAAAAGGCUCACAGCUACCACCAGCCGCGGAGUUUAGAGGACAACUACAACAGACUCGAGACCAUUUUAGCUCAUAUCUGCGCAGACAGUACGAGUGCAGAAGCAGGGGAGGUGUGUGUGGAUGAAUGCAGUAGAGAGGCGGUGGAAGUGUUAGCGCUCGCGGACUCCGCCGCUGCUGCCUCGCGCUCUCCUCUCAGCAGCAGCAGCAGUGUGUGUGAGCGCUCUUCAGACUAUGAGGACAGCUGGAGGCCUCCAUCACCCUCUGCAUCACCAGACUCUGAAAAGUCAUUUUCACCGGGUGCUGAUGAAACCCAGCCGUUUGCGGUGCCCUUCGAGCCAUGGAGCAACAGCUAUUCAGGGUCUGAGAUGAGACAGCUGGUCCGGCAGAACUUUAAUCACCAUCGUCCUUCCCUAAAUUAUUAUGGAGAAAGAGUGAUUGGAUCUUCUCUUUUUGGUGAAAGGGGAUCUAGCACGAGUAUUUAUGGCAAUUAUGAGUCGACUACAAACCUAUUUGAGCGGCCUGCUGCUGCCCCUGGACUGUAUGUAGACAGGGAAAUUCAUAGACCUGAGAUAAAAACAGACACAGCCGGGCUGUGCACUCGCCUCGUGUUGAAUGGAGCCUUCAAGUGCAUCAAAUGCAGCAAGGUGUUCUCUACUCCACAUGGUCUGGAAGUACAUGUCCGGAGGUCCCAUAGUGGAACGAGACCCUUCGCUUGUGACAUUUGUGGGAAAACUUUUGGACAUGCAGUCAGCCUGGAACAGCACAGAUCUGUUCAUUCUCAAGAGAGGAGUUUUGAUUGUAAAAUUUGCGGGAAAACUUUCAAAAGAUCCUCUACUCUGUCUACACACCUUCUCAUCCAUUCCGAUACGAGGCCUUACCCGUGCCAGUACUGCGGCAAGAGGUUUCAUCAGAAAUCAGACAUGAAGAAACACACAUUUAUUCACACAGGAGAGAAGCCUCACAAAUGUCAAGUAUGCGGCAAAGCUUUCAGUCAGAGUUCAAAUUUGAUAACACACAGCCGAAAGCACACUGGUUUUAAACCUUUUGGUUGUGACUUGUGUGGAAAAGGCUUCCAGCGCAAAGUGGACUUGAGGAGACACAAGGAGACGCAACACGGACUGAAAUGAGGAAUGAAUCAGCUUCUAGAAAAUUUCCAGUCAACAAUCUCUGGACAGUUGGUUGCCUUACCAAGUGCUGACCUGCAUCACUGUAAAAUCUCCAGGGCUGAAUUAAAGCAGGCCUAACUGCUCACUUAAUGGAACCUAGUGUAGUCUGCAAUUAACAUGACCAUAUUAGCAUGAGGUUACUCGACCUCUUUAGUUCUGAUCCAUUUACAACAAUUUUGGCUGAGGUCCUUUUAACCCUAUACAGAGUCUGUGCGUCCACGAAGCCUAGGUACACUCUCACAAAUAAAGGUACCAAACUGUACUUUUACCUUGUGGAUGUGAUGGUACCAUAAAGGAUAAGUCUUUCCUAGCUUUAGUUUUUACCUGAGACGAUGCAGGUGGCAUAGUGUUAAUCAGCUUUCAGAGUAAAGCUUUAAAAGUAUGUCAGCGGUACUUAAGGUCCAGUUGUGCACCUUUGUUACCAUAUUGAUGUUUCCAGGUUGUAUACCAAAGGUGCAAAGGAUGACAUCAGAUAAUCAUGCCGAUGACAAAGAAAAGUAUAGUUUGGUACCUGUAUUUUUGAGAAUGUAGGUGUUAAUUCUACACUGGGAAUUUUUGUAGUAGGCCAUGGGUCUAUAAGCUGACAGGGGAUUCCCAAGCAAGUGUUUAUAGUGUAGGCUAAAGAGAUUUCCAUGAUUUUAAUGUUUCCAAAAUGCUGUUUGUGCUUUGUGUAGCCUAAAUCGUGAGUCAGAAGUCACCCAGCAGGUCUGGCAGGAUUGGGCAAGAUGCACAGCAAAAUCCCAAGUGUGGAUUGAAAUCAGAGUUGAAUAACUACCACUUUGAAUUAAUACCUACUACACUGAAUUACCACUUCCACCGUUUAUUUGUGUCCUGCUUUACGUUUAGAAACCCGGGUUAGUUGUUCACCACUGGGGCUUUAGCUGUGGGAUGAUAUGGUGUAGGCUUAAGACCAUAUCAGGAGUGCUUUACUCAAACCAAUACCACAAGGGCGGUGCUACAGAAACCCAAAAUAUUAUCACCAAAACAGUCCAGGAGGCAGUAGAGUUAGUAACGGCCGCGGGAAAGGACACAGCUAUCAGAGGCAACAUCAGCUGAGCUGCAGGAAAUCAGCGCUGCUCACAGUGACGCCAUGCUGCUCCUCUGCUGGCAAAACACGCACUACAAUAACCACGAGAUUUAAUCCAAACCCAGACUGUUUGUGUAGUACACUGUAGAAACCUCGACUGAUUUGUUGACUUCACAAAUAUUUUUCCACUCUUUCAACUCGCCUACCCAGACGUGUUUGUCCUCUCCGUUUCUAUUAUUAUUAUUAUUAUUAUUAUUAUUAUUAUUAUUAUUUUACAUACAUUUGCACAUGGGUUAGACAGGUUGGACCCUGCAACUCACCUGCAGUUUAAACCUUUUAAGCUUAUUUAAAUAUAUAACAUGCUGAAAUAUUUGUUUUUAACCAUAAACCUUAUUUAUUUAUAAUUACAAUUAUUAUUUGGCUGAAUUAAAAUGAUUAAAAGCAAUACUUGACUUAU